AUGAGCGACCAUCAAUCCCGCCACGGCCGCCGCGACUCUCCGGUCGACGAUCGCGAAGAAUCUGUUCCGUACGUUAGCUAUGCGUCGACUUCUGUCGCGUCAAAGCUGCAAGCGCAGUAUAUCCCAACCCAGUUUCCACCGGGACCUCAGCCUCCACCGGGAGCCGUGAGAUAUGUCCCUCCCAUGGCAAACCAAUUUCCUAUGCACAGCGCUUCUGGCUACAUCGAGGGCCUGUAUUCGACACUUCCAUCGCGUUACACCAGCUUUCCUCUUGCGACAAGUGCUCCCCAGCCCUAUGAUCAAUUCGACAGUACGAGUUACAGACCUCCUACUCCCAAGAUUGUCCAGUUCACCACUGCCACGACUUCGUUUUCACGGGUUUCCACCCCAGACUACGAGCGAGAAUUCGACAACGAGCCUAUCGAUACUGUCCCAAGAAGUGUGAACGGUUCUCCGAUCCCUCCGCCCGCAAAGGGCUCGGGCACAUUUCAUACUACUCCUGAGGUUCCCAGACCUCCGCCUCCUAGCCCGGAAACCUUUCAUAUCCCUUUGAAGUCACUCAAAUUGAACGACCUACGCUCGUCGGCUUCGAUUGGCUAUCCUGCUCCCGGAGAUAAGAGUGCCGCGUGCCAACUCUGCGACUGGCACGGCCACACUGCAAAGACCUGUCCGCUGGGCUCCGACAAGAAAGACAACAAGCAACCUAGCAAUGAUGCUGUCUUCACAAACAAGGAACAGAACGAGUAUCAGGAUCUUGCGCGCAAGGUCAGCCAUAUUAUCCAGAACGUUGUCCCGGAUAGCAAUCAACCACCUGCGACCAACGAGACGAUGAUCCAACAUAUCAUGAAAUGCUUGGCCAGUCAUCCAGGAAACCCCGAAUAUGUCCAUAAGCAGCUGGGCAAGGAAGAACACCAGGGCCAGUGGCUCUGCAUCAAGGCCAUGUGCGACAAUAAGUGGGAGGGCCCAGUGUCCAUGGCAACCAGAGAAAUCGACUGCAAGUACUGCAAGAAGAACCUCGCUGGUGAUCCGGUCACCCUUUGCUACCAGAUCAAGCCUAGAGACGGCCGAGUCGCACUGUAUCGGGAGGUGGGUACCUUGAGAGUUUGA